AAUACAAACUCACUCACUCGUUCGCGGUCUACGGCGGGGAGCGCGCGUGCGCACUUAUGAUAAAAAAAGAAUAGUGUAUUUUUGUAUUUGUGUGUGUAUAAACAUGUUCGUGCAAGUUUUGUUUGUGUUUUCCCUUGCGUAUGCGCAUGGUUUGCAAGUGAAUACUACUGAGGGUAUUGUUGAAGGAUCUAGAGCAGUUGAUGGCGAUUAUUUCGCGUUUUACGGUGUUCCGUACGCCGGGCCGACGUCUGGGCCAAACAGGUUUAAGAUGCCGAUUCCCCCGAAACCAUAUCCUGGGGUACUUCGAGCUACCGACAGCAAUAUAUUCUGCGCCCAGCCCUCCUCUCGAGGCCUGAUUGGAGUUGAAGACUGCCUAACACUGAGCAUCUUCACAAGAAACAUUACUUCACCAAAACCAGUCAUCGUAUUCCUCAAUUCUGAUGAGUACACCAAUACGAACAACCAACCAAUGUCCUACAAGAGGCUUGUGGAACAAAACAUUGUUUUCGUGACCAUGAAUUUCCGAUUGUCCAUUUUCGGAUUUCUAUGUCUCGGUGUCCAAGAAGCACCUGGCAACGCCGGCUUAAGAGACGUGCUUCAAGGAUUAAAAUGGAUUAAAUCAAACAUUGCAAGCUUUGGAGGAGACCCAAAUAAUGUUAUUCUCAUGGGCCACGCAUCUGGAGGUGCCCUGGUUGAUCUCCUCACAUUGUCACCUCAAAUUGAGAAUUUGGCACACAAAGCUAUUGUACUCAGUGGUUCUGCGUUAGCCCCGUGGGCUGUGGCCUACGAUCCUGUUGGAUACGCCAAUCUAUUAGGAACUAAACUCGAGUACGAUCACAAAACACCCGAAGUACUAGCACAGCGUCUAAUCAAUACGGACAUUAACGUUUUGCACACUGCACUGAAUGACUUCAAGUUCUUCAAUAACACGCCAUUGUUCGCACCUUGUGUUGAGAAUCCGAAACUAAGUCCAAACCACACAGUUCUUGGUGACGCUCCGAUCAACAUCCUGAGAUCAGGCAAUUAUGUUCAGAUUCCCGUUAUCUACGGAUACACCAACAAGGAAGGAACUAUGAGGGCCGAAGAAGCUGAUUUUGGAAAUUGGUUGAGCUUGAUGCAAACCAACUUUACCAGUUUCCUGCAGGUUGACUUGAAACUAGCCAAUAACAAAACUGCUGUGGCAGCGUCCAUCCGCGACUUUUACUUUGGAAGCAGUGUGAUUAGUAUGGAGACUAUCGAAGACUUCUUGGACUAUCAGGGAGACACACUAGUCCUCGUUUCUACCAUCAGAGCGGCUAAGGAAAGAGCUUUAACUUCUAAGAGCGAAGUGAGAUUAGUGGAGUUUGCCUAUCUGGGAACUCUGAACUCUAAUUGGAUCCACAACCAGAUUCCUCUAAGUGGAGCAGCGCAUGGAGCCUUCCUGAACUACUUGUUCGGUUAUGACCUGCGUCCCGCUGAUGAUGCAGUCAGCAGGACAUUCGUGGAACGCGUGAGAGCGUUUGCCUACAACCUGUCAAACAACACAUGGUCUGCGAUUACAAAGGAUGCUACCAACUACCUCUACUAUGGUGGGAAUGGGGCUCCAACGGCAAACAACACUUCUAUUUACGUGGAAGAACCCAGGUUCAACCCGCAUGUCCAGCGCAUGUCAUUCUGGAACAACCUUUAUGAGAAGUUCUACGUUGCUCCUACAAAGCCUAGUUCAUCUAGUAUCAUUGUCAGCUCUUUAUUGUUUGUUAUGCUCGGUCAAAUGGCACUGCGUUUCGUUUAGGUUAGAAUAUUGCCAAUGUUAGAUAUUUUAGGUGUCGUAUUUUUGUACAAGUGAGAUAAUUACAGAUUUUGUUUUAGUUAGUGAACAAAACUGUAUUCAUACUAUUAACUAUUAAGAUAAAGUUAUAAUAAGUUAAACUAUGGUUAGGUAUGCAACAUGUGCAUGAUGUUGAUGUCGUAUUAAUAUUUCGUCUUUAUGCAAAAAAGGAAACACGUGUUUGGCUUUUUGAACCAAAAACUAUACUUUUAGACAUCGCUAUAUCUGAGGCCUUAGUACGAGUUUAUUUUACGUUUAACGAGAUCGAAACGAGAGCGCUUUCGGCGCUCUGAUUGGUUAGUUUAUUCGAGCCGGCCAAUCAGAGCGCCUUACGCGCUCUCGUUACGAUUACUUUAAACGUAAAGCAAACUCAUACUAAGGGUACAGUAGCUUAUUUAAAUUAUGUUUAUAUGCCAAAGCAACUAUGUAGGUCAAGGUUAAGCUUUGAUUUAUCGACAAAUAGUUGUCAAGUAUUUUUAUCGCCAUAUUUAAUUAAGUAAAUUAGUUUCUAAGUCCACAAAGUAAUUAUGGAAAGUGAUUAAAAGUGUGUGCGAAGUAGACGAAUUUUAGACAAAAUUUAUUUAAAUGAGGCCAUUUAUCGGUGAUUAAAGAUUUUUAUAAGUAUGGAAAUAAAAAGAUUCAAGAGAAAAUUCACAAAUUUAUUGUCAAAUUAUUUAAUAUUUAUAUUGUUAAAGUAGCGUCCUAGAACUACUACUUAUCAAAAAUUGAAAUUAGUUCAUAUGUACAAUUUUACAAUUUUAGCAUGCAUUUAUUUAUCACAAAAGAAGCGCUUUAUUGAUUAAAAAUGUGAAUUGAUGGUGCUUAAAUUGGGUAAUUUUCGACUUGAGACUGAAAUUCGACUCAAUAUUUCACAUAUUGAAAUGAGAGUAAUUACGUAACUGGUGUAAACUUUACGUAAAUUCCUACUGCAUACAUGUAUUUCUAACCAAUAGCUACGUAUUAAGAAUUUUAUUAAAUGAUUUAUCUAAAAACAACGAUUUACUCACAUAACGCGAUGUCACUUAGCCUACAAGUAGGCUAGGUCCGACCACACUACUCAUGGUAAAGCGUCCCUCUGUGACUCGAAAUUAGUAGAGCUUUCCCCAAUAUGUUUACGUGAGUUAACAGUUGUUUUUAGUUAAUUUACCGCCACACUCAGAGUCAUUUAAUGGUUACUUAACCUAGUCCUUAGCAAUUGUUUUCGAAAUAAAAUCGUUACUAAGGAAUAGUUUAAGUAAUUAUUAAAUGACUCUGAGUACGGCAGUAAGUAUGUUUCCCGAUAGUUAUUAUAAAAAUGUAUUAAGUAAAUAACUAAGAAGAAGAUUAUAAUAAAAUAAAAAACAAGUUAAGUUUUACUUGCAAAACCUGUAACUAGUAUUAGUUAUUUACAAUGCAUUUAUCUUAACUACUAUACUAGGAAGGUAAAUUAUCUUCGCAGUUGGUACCUAUAGCUAAGUAUAUAUAAAACUACUACCAAGUGGCAAGUACUAAGACUUCGCAGUAUACGUAAUUAUCUAUAAAAUUAAUUGCUUAGAAUAAACACCUGCAGUAACUACAGACUGCAAUUUUAGAUUUGCAACACACAUUGUAUGUAUUUUUUACUUAAUUAUGGAUUGAAAUAGAAAUCUAUGUAGCAGUGUUUCAACUAGCAGUACCUAUGUAGAUAAAAUACUUUAUAUUCCUUUUUCACUUUACGUCUUUUUGGUAAUAAAUAAUUUAUUUCUUUGCAUUUAUUCAUAUAAUCCCAAGUAGAUAGGGAGAGAGUGUAGAAUACAAUCUAUCUGUUGAUAAUUUGAAAGAUUUUUAAGGUGAGAACUUCGUCCAAUGGCUUCUCCCCGUCUAAUGGCCUUGGGCGAGGCAAGAGGAAGUGACAGACUCUUACUGACUUAAAACUACCACGUUCCUACUUCUGUUUUUUAAGCCAGAGCCCUGGUAACCUGCUAGGCAGUCCGCAGCUCCGUAUCAGGCAUAAUUUGGUUGCUGAAGGUAGAAUUUUAACUAAUAUUUUUUUCAAGGACUUAAUGAACAAAAUUCCUAACUUUUAGUAACGGAAUCCACCGACAGAUUACUAUUGGAAGCUGUAUAAGUUAAGUUGCUUUAAUUGAUAUAGUUAUAGGUACAAAAUUUAAAUUCUUAAUGCAAAUAAAAAUGUUUGUUUAUAAAUAAAUUACUGCAUGCAACAAACUUUAAAUAAUGCUCGAUGAUGAUGAUAAAUGUAUUUCUUAUAUUAUUGUUAAGUUAUUCCUAAAUAUGAAAAUGCAAUAAAAACAUUUGUUUUACUAAACUUUAA